AUGGCAGUCAAGACUGAUAUGAGCAAGGCCUACGAUAGGUUGGAAUGGGAGUUUGUGGUGACUGUUCUGGAACGGAUGGGUUUCCACGCCAAAUGGAUCAACUGGAUCCUGCAAUGCAUCUCCACCGUCUCUUAUACCUUUCUGGUUAAUGGAGCGGCCCAAGGUUUUGUUAAUCCACAAAGAGGAAUCAGACAGAGAGACCCUCUUUCACCCUUCAUCUUCAUCAUCUGCGGUGAGGUACUCUCAGGUCUAUGCAAAGAUGCGCAGACUAACACCUCAAUGCCAGGCCUACAAGUCUCCCGUGCAAGCCCUCAGCUAAACCACUUGUUGUUUGCAGAUGACACCAUAAAAACACCACCGGAUAUCAAAGAUCGAGUCAAGACUACUCUAGGGAUUGACAAAGAAGGAGGGCAAGGGAAGUACUUGGGGUUACCUGAAAGUUUUGGCCGUAGGAAAAAGGAUCUCUUUACAGCAAUUGUGGACCGGAUCCGCCAAAAAGCUGUCAACUUCUCCUCAAGGUUCUUGUCAAGUGUAGGAAAGCUGACUCUAAUCAAAUCCGUUCUGUCUGCGAUGCCAACCUACUCCAUGUCUUGCUUCAAGUUACCUGCAGGACUAUGCAAAAGAAUUCAAUCAGCUAUAACACGUUUUUGGUGGGAUACUAAACCAGGAAAGAAGAAGAUGUGUUGGAUAUCUUGGGAUAGAAUGGCAAAAUCAAAAAAAGAAGGCGGUUUGGGUUUUCGGGAUAUACAAAGUUUCAACGACGCCUUACUUGCAAAAGUCAGCUGGAGAAUACUUAACAACCCGGAGUGUCUCCUUGCCCGAAUACUGAAAGGCAAAUACUGCAAGUACGACGAUUUCCUUUCGGUCCAAGUCACCUCUUCCACCUCGCAUGGAUGGCGUGGUAUUUUGAUAGGACGAGACCUCCUAAACCACCAAUUGGGACCUCCCAACCUACAGGACAAAGACCUCCUUGUUUCAGACCUCCUUCUAGACCAACCACGAAGAUGGAACAAGGAAAAGAUUGAGAACCUCUUACCCCAUCACCUAAAUGAUAUCCUCCUAAUCCGACCAAGCCUUACGGGUGCAAGAGAUUCUUUCAUCUGGAUCCCAACCAAAUCAGGAGACUACUCUGUGAAAACAGGGUACCAUGUUGCUCUAGGAACCACUGACGCACCUGCACAACACAAUCACUCAAGCAUAAAUUGGAAUCUGGAGAUCUGGCAUGGACGUUUCUCACCAAAAAUGAAGGUUUUUCUCUGGAAAAUAAUGCAGGAAGCCUUACCUCUCGGAGACAAUCUGCUUAGCCGAGGGCUAAUGGACAAUGCCUGCUGUGUCCAUUGUGCCGAGCUCGAAACCACAGAACACCUUUUCCUCCAAUGCGCCUUUGCCCAACGAGUUUGGAACCAGGGACCUUUCAAAACAGCUCUCAACCCCCUGAUCUUCCCAAACUUUACCUCAGCCCUAAUCGCGUCGAAGGACUGGAUAUGUCUUCCACCAACGGGUCUCGGAGCCGGUCCUCUGUUCCCUUGGAUUUGUUGGUCGAUUUGGAACUCCAGAAACUAUCUCGUCUUCGAAGAAAGAACUUUCUCUCCCGAGGAAACACUAUCGAAGGUGAUCUCGGAGGCAAAAGAGUGGCAAUUGGCUCAAGUGAAGACGCAGAAAGGACCUAUUACCCCGAACCUACCCCACCUUCCACACAAUUCUCAAAACUCCAUUGUCUGCUUCACCGACGGAUCGUGGUGUAAGGAGUUGAAGACCGGCGGAAUGGGCUGGAUCUUUGCUGAUACCGCUGGAACAGAACUAAAUCACGGACAGGCAUCGGAGCGUUUCGUCACUUCACCACUGAUGGCUGAAGCUUUAGCCAUCCGAUCAGCUCUAAACCAAGCGCUGGAAUUGGGAAUCACCAACCUCCACCUCAAGUCAGACGCUCAGGAUCUCAUCCGAGCUUUAAAUUCGCAGGAGCAAAUCACAGAGAUCUUCGGAAUCCUCUUUGAUAUCAAUACUCUCGCCUCUAUGUUUUCUUCAAUUUCGUUCACCUUCAUACCCAGAUCUGAGAACAUGCAAGCUGAUUCAAUUGCAAAGAAUGCAAUCAGACUUAUCUCAAAUCUCGGUUUAGUGCCCGAAAUCGAAUUUGUAACCGAUAUUUGUGCUUCGAGCUUGCUGAAUUACAACAGAUUCUACAAAGGUGAGAACUUGCUUGAUUUGAUUGGGAGAAAUUGA